AUGGUGACAUACGUAGGAAAAGAAGCCCCCUUUUUUAGGGCUGAGGCCGUUUUUGGAGAUAACUCCUUUGGAGAAGUGAACUUAUCGCAGUUUAUUGGAAAGAAGUAUGUACUGUUAUAUUUUUAUCCUCUGGAUUUUACUUUCGUUUGCCCAUCAGAAAUAAUAGCAUUGGAUAAAGCCUUGGAUGCAUUUCACGAAAGGAAUGUAGAAUUGUUAGGAUGCAGUGUAGAUAGCAAAUACACACACCUUGCAUGGAAAAAAACCCCACGGGAAAAAGGAGGCAUUGGCAAUAUCAAGCAUACCUUGCUAUCUGACAUCUCCAAGAGCAUUUCAAGAGACUACAACGUUCUCUUUGAUGAUAGCGUAUCUUUGAGAGCCUUCGUUCUUAUCGACAAGAAUGGAAUCGUGCAACAUCUCCUUGUUAACAAUCUCGCAUUAGGUCGCUCAGUGGACGAAAUUUUACGAAUAAUCGACGCCCUACAGCACCAUGAGAAGUAUGGCGAUGUGUGCCCAGCCAACUGGAAAAAGGGGAAGGUUUCCAUGAAGCCAUCAGAAGAGGGCGUUGCGCAAUAUUUGUCCACAUUAUAA